AUGACAAACUUUAACGUAUCAUCAGAAGUUGCUAUCAAGUACGAAAACGAUUACUCAGCACACAAUUAUCACCCAUUACCCGUAGUUUUCACGAAGGCUAAGGGUGCGCAUGUUUGGGAUCCAGAAGGAAAGGAAUAUCUUGACUUCUUGUCUGCAUACUCGGCAGUAAACCAAGGUCACUGUCACCCUAAGAUUAUUGAAGCAUUGGUCGACCAGGCUUCGAAGUUGACAUUAUGCUCUAGAGCAUUUUCCGCGGACGUGUUUGGGGUGUUUGCCAAAUACAUUACCGAAUAUUUCGACUACGAAAUGGUUUUGCCAAUGAACACUGGGGCUGAAGCUGUUGAAACUGGUUUGAAAUUAGCUAGAAGAUGGGGUUACGUUGAGAAGGGUAUUCCCGAGGACGAAGCUAUUAUUUUAUCGGCUGUCAACAAUUUCCACGGCAGAACAUUGGGGGUUAUUUCCAUGUCAACUGAUCCAGAAGCUACCUCCAAGUUUGGUCCAUAUUUACGCGGAGUAGGUCCUCAAAUUCCUGGUGAACCAAAGGGAACCUUGUUGAGAUAUGGGGAAAUCGAAGAUGUUGAGAAGGCUUUCAAUAAUGCUGGAGAUAAGAUUGCAGCAAUUUUAUUGGAACCAAUCCAAGGGGAGGCAGGUAUUGUAGUUCCUCCAGAAGAUUAUUUAACAAAAGUACAAGCUUUAUGUAAGAAGCACAACGUUUUGUUAAUUUGCGAUGAAAUUCAAACUGGUGUUGCUAGAACAGGGAAGAUGUUGUGUUACGAGCAUUCUGCUAAUGUUAAGCCAGAUGUAGUUUUGUUAGGUAAGGCAAUCUCUGGUGGUGUUUAUCCAGUGUCUGCUGUUUUGUCCUCCAAGAAAAUUAUGUUGUGCUUAGAACCAGGUUCGCACGGUUCAACAUAUGGUGGUAACCCUUUGGCAUGUAGGGUUGCCACUGCAGCUUUGCAGGUUGUUAAGGACGAGAAUUUGGUUGACAGAUCCGAAAAAUUAGGUGAGUUAUUACGUUCUAAGUUAGAAGAAUUAAAGGCUAAAUCGAAUGGCGUCAUUUCAGAAGUCAGAGGUAAAGGGUUAUUAUGUGCGAUAGUAAUUGAUGAUUCCAAAACCAAUGGUAGAACUGCUUGGGAUCUCUGUUUAUUGAUGAAAGACCACGGUGUUUUGGCUAAGCCUACACAUGACCAUAUAAUUAGAUUGGCACCACCUUUAAUCAUAUCUGAAACAGACUUAUUAAAGGGUGUUGAAUCGAUUGAAAAAUCAUUGCUGGAAUUGAACAAUGCUCCUAAGGCUGCCCAUUAA